AUGGAAGGUACUCAUUGCACCCUCCAAUUGCAUAAGCCCAUUACGGAACUCUGCUACAUCAGCUUCUAUCUUCCAAAGGGGGAAGUCAGAGGAUUUUCAUACAAGGGCGCUGUAACUCUAGACAGAUCCAGUAAAGGUUUUCAUAACUGCUACCAAGUCAGGGAGGAGUCAGACAUCAUCAGCCUCAGCCAGGAGCCGGACGAACAUCCAGGCGACAUAUUUUUCAAGCAGACUCCCACGAAAGACAUUCUAACUGAGCUGUACAAACUCACAACAGAGAGGGAGAGACUGCUAACCAAUCUCCUGAGCUCAGACCACAUCCUCGGGAUCACGAUGGGGAACCAGGAGGGGAAGAUGCAAGAGCUGUCGGUGAGCCUGGCCCCCGAGGAUGACUGUUUCCAGAGUGCUGGUGACUGGCAGGGAGAGCUCCCUGUGGGCCCUCCCAGUAAGAGGAGCACCCACGGGAACAAAAAGCCUCGGAGGUCUGGUGGAAGGAGAGAGAGCACUGGGGCUCUCCCACAGAAGAGGACCAAAAGAAAAGGGCGUGGAGGCCGAGAAUCAGCUCCUCUGAUGGGCAAGGACCAGAUCUGUUCCAGCCACUCCCUUCCUCUUUCUAGAACAAGGCCUAAUCUUUGGGUACUAGAGGAGAGAGGAAAUCUGCUCCCGAAUGGGGCACUUGCCUCAUCCCUGCAGAGGAGAGAGAGCUGCCCCCCAGACAUUCCCAAGACGCCAGACACAGACCUUAGCCUUGGGAACUUUGAGACGGCUUUCAAGGACACUGAGCUCGGAAGAGAAGUGCUGCCCCCUGACUGCAGCUCCCCAGAGGUAGGAGGGGAUGGCGUUCGGAGGCCGCCGAGCAGCGGGCUGCAGCAUCAGCAAACGGGUUUGUCUGAAAGUCACCAGGACCCUGAGAAGCGUCCAGAGGCAGAAAAGGAUGAGAUGGAGAAGCCUGCUAAGCAGACUUGCAAGCAGAUACCUGUCUCCAAAGUGGUGGCCAAAGUUCAGGACCUGUCCUCGCAGGUACAAAGAGUAGUUAAAACGCAUUCUAAGGGUAAGGCGAGGAUUGCCAUCUGCCCAGCAGCCCACGCUGAGUUUGUACCCAAAGCUGACUUGCUUACCCUCCCGGGAGCUGAGGUCGGGGCUCAUGGUUCCAGGCGGCGGGGCAAGGAGCGGCAAGGGGAUGGGUCAUCGCAGUCGCCAGCCAGGGAAACAGCCACCAUUUCUAGUGCGUCGGCCUGUGCCCAGGGGGCUGUGAACAAGGUCCUCCUGAAGGUGAUAGAGAGCGAGAAGUUAGAUGAAGCCCCUGAGGGGAAAAGACUGGGCUUCCCUGUCCACACGAGCAUCCCUCACACUCGCCCAGAAACCAGAAACAAGAGGAGAGCCGGGUUGUCCCUCAGUGGCCACAAGUCCUUGUUUCUGGAUCUGCCCCACAAAGUAGGUCCUGACUCCUCCCAACCCAGAGGGGAUAAGAAGAAGCCAUGCCCCCCAGCACCGGCAGCUCUCGGCAAGGUGUUUAAUAAUUCAGCCUCGCAGUCCAGCACACACAAACGGACGUCACCUGUUCCCUCGCCUCUGUCUCCAAGGCUCCCCAGCCCUCAGCAGCAUCACAGGAUCCUCCGGCUCCCUGCACUGCCUGGUGAGAGGGAAGCUGCUCUUAAUGACUCUCCUGGUAGAAAGAGCCGUGUCUUCUCUGCUGACACCUUGGAGCCACCAUCCUCUGCAAAGGUCACGGAGACCAAAGGAGCCAGCCCGGCCUUCCUCAGAGCAGGCCAACCUCGGUUGGUGCCCGGGGAACCUUUGGAAAAGAGCUUGGGGCCAGGGAAGACCACAGCUGAGCCUCAGCACCAGUCACCUCCAGGUAUCUCCUCUGAGGGCUUUCCCUGGGAUGGCUUCAAUGAGCAGACACCUAAAGACCUUCCCAGCAGAGAUGGAGGCGCGUGGGUUCUGGGCUACAGAGCGGGACCAGCCUGUCCAUUUUUGCUUCAUGAGGAAAGGGAGAAAUCAAACAGAAGCGAAUUGUACUUGGAUCUCCAUCCUGACCACAGCCCGACUGAGCAGGAUGACAGGACUCCUGGCAGACUUCAAGCUGUCUGGCCACCCCCAAAGACAAAAGACGCAGAAGAAAAAGUGGGACUGAAGUACACUGAAGCAGAAUACCAUGCUGCUAUUUUACACUUGAAGAGGGAACACAAAGAAGAAAUUGAAAACCUGCAGGCCCAGUUUGAACUUCGGGCAUUUCAUAUCCGGGGCGAGCAUGCAGUGAUAACAGCGAGACUAGAAGAAACCAUCGAAAAUCUGAAACACGAGCUAGAACACAGAUGGCGAGGGGGUUGUGAAGAGAGGAGAGAUGUGUGCAUUUCCACCAAUGAUGACUGCCCUCCAAAGACCUUCAGAAAUGUGUGCAUCCAGACAGACAGAGAGACCUUCCUCAAGCCUUGCGAAGGCGAAAGCAAGACAACCAGAAGUAAUCAAUUAGUACCCAAAAAGCUGAAUAUCUCCUCUUUAAGCCAGCUCUCCCCGCCAAAUGACCACAAAGAUACCCAUGCAGCACUCCAGCCAAUGGAAGGCAUGGCAUCAAAUCAGCAGAAGGCAUUGCCUCCGCCUCCCGCACCGCCCUUGCCAACAUCCAUCCUUCCCCCUCCUCUCCUCCCCCUGGGACUUGGAUCUUUGUCUCCAGCACCUCCAGUGCCACCUGUGAGUGCUGGGCCACCGCCACCACCUCCGCCGCCUCCUCCACCACCACCUCUACCUCUAUCUUCAAGUGCUGGACCUCCACCACCCCCACCCCCACCCCCACCCCCACUUCCUAACUCCCCUGCCCCACCCAACCCUGGAGGGCCGCCUCCUGCUCCACCACCGCCAGGACUUGCACCCCCACCUCCCCCUGGACUCUUCUUUGGACUUGGCUCUUCUUCCAGUCAGUGUCCGCGAAAACCAGCCAUUGAACCCAGUUGUCCCAUGAAACCUUUAUACUGGACUAGGAUACAAAUAAGUGAUAGGAGCCAAAAUGCUACACCAACCUUAUGGGACUCCUUAGAAGAACCUGACAUUCGGGACCCUGGUGAAUUUGAGUAUUUAUUCUCCAAAGAUACAACUCAACAAAAGAAAAAACCUCUGUCAGAGAGUUUCGAGAAAAAAAACAAGGUCAAAAAGAUCAUCAAAUUAUUGGAUGGAAAACGAUCUCAAACUGUGGGAAUCUUGAUAUCUAGUUUACAUUUAGAAAUGAAGGAUAUCCAACAGGCCAUUUUCAAUGUGGAUGACUCCGUGGUUGAUCUGGAGACCCUGGCAGCCUUAUAUGAAAACAGAGCCCAAGAGGAUGAGCUGGUUAAAAUAAGAAAGUAUUACGAGACAUCCAAAGAAGAAGAACUGAAGCUGCUGGAUAAACCUGAGCAAUUUUUGCAUGAGUUAGCCCAGAUUCCUAAUUUUGCUGAACGUGCCCAGUGUAUAAUCUUCAGAUCUGUCUUUUCUGAGGGUAUCACCUCCUUGCACAGAAAGGUAGAGAUCAUCACGCGAGCUUCUAAGGGUUUGCUGCACAUGAAGAGUGUGAAGGAUAUUUUAGCUCUCAUUCUGGCUUUUGGAAAUUAUAUGAACGGAGGAAAUAGGACUCGGGGACAAGCCGAUGGAUAUAGCUUAGAAAUUCUGCCCAAACUCAAGGAUGUCAAAAGUCGGGAUAACGGGAUUAAUCUGGUGGAUUACGUUGUUAAGUAUUACCUGCGUUACUAUGAUCAGGAAGCUGGAACAGAAAAGAGUGUUUUCCCCCUGCCGGAACCACAGGAUUUCUUUCUGGCCUCCCAAGUCAAGUUUGAAGACCUCAUAAAAGAUUUGAGAAAACUGAAGAGGCAACUAGAAGCAAGUGAGAAACAGAUGGUGGUGGUGUGCAAGGAGUCCCCAAAGGAGUAUCUCCAGCCUUUCAAGGACAAACUAGAGGAGUUCUUCCAAAAAGCCAGAAAAGAGCAUAACAUGGAAGAAAGUCACUUAGAGAAUGCACAGAAAAGUUUUGAAACAACAGUAGGAUAUUUUGGGAUGAAGCCAAAGUCUGGUGAGAAGGAGAUCACACCCAGCUACGUGUUUAUGGUGUGGUACGAGUUCUGCAGUGACUUCAAGACAAUUUGGAAACGGGAGAGUAAAAACAUAUCUAAAGAAAGAUUGAAAAUGGCUCAGGAAUCAGUCAGCAAGUUGACUUCAGAGAAGAAAGUGGAGACAAAGAAAAUCAAUCCCACUGCUAGCCUGAAAGAAAGACUGCGUCAGAAGGAAGCCAGUGUGACCACCAACUAAGAGGAAGACACUUGGAAAUGAUGGCGCUGGAGGUGGAGGACCGACCUUGCACACAUACUCUUUGUGACCACAGGGUUGCAGGAUGUUCUUGAAAGAUGUGUCACUAAAUGUUUGUUUUGCUCAGCUCUUUCUGAGGUCAUCUGCAGAGAGUGCCCCAUGCCUUCUUUAAGAAGUCCCUCAUUCAGCCAGAGGAACAAUGGAAAACUAUUUUAAGGGAACAUUGCAGAAAUAUUUGAUGACUGUUUCUUGUCGAAGCCCAAAGUCCACUCUGUUGUAAGACCAGAAGAAGUACCACAAUUUUUCCAAAAUUUUUUUAAAAGCUGAGAUUUCCAGCUUUAUAACCAAAGCUUGAUACAUGGCACAUUGUCACAGAGGAGAGAAAGGAUCAUUGAGGACAGUUGCCUUGGGAGAGUUCAAAGUCUUUGUCGUUACACACUGCUGUUUUGAUUAUUGGUCUUAGUUCAUCCUGUUGCAGCAAAAUCCUGCAGCAUCUUUCUCUCCAAUGUUGCAACUCACCGAAACUAUUUUUGAAGAGGUCCAAGAACAUGUAUUUUCCAGACUAGAACAACGAUUUUUUGUUGUUAUGGUUUACGUAAUGAAAAAGAGAAAAAACAGAAUCGUGCCUGGGUGGAGAGAGGGAGACAUAUAGCCAUAAACUUCAUCCUGGAGAACAAGUUACCAUGCAAGGAGUUGACGUCAGUUAUUGAGUGAGGCCCAUUCUUGUUUUUACAUCAGUCCUUAGUGGUUUCUGGGCCAGCAGAGAUUCUGCAUCCCAACUCCCUGGAGAAACUGUAAUACCUGAGCAAGCAUAACCUUGGGGUCAGAGAACCUGCUUGGACAAGAGACCCAGCGGCAGAGCACCUUUCACAUUUUGGACCGUUCAUGAUGGGCAGUGUGUUGACAUGCAGCUGAGUUCUACAUCAUGUCCUGUGACUUUGCAGCUGCAGCCCCCGCCCGACCGUCCCCAGGAGGCAGUUUCCAGACAGGAGAGCAAAUGCAACUCACAGCCCCCGCUCAUGACCUUGGCUGAUAGGCAUGUGAAGUAGGGUGAAGCAGGACUCUUUAAUGUCCAAAAAAAAGGGCAGAAGAAAGGUUCCUUACAUGAAAAUGAAAAGAAGGUAAUUACAUUAAUAGAAAUCUUCAGGUGGAGUAUUAUUCAUAGGCAGCUUUUUCUGACCUUGGCUCUCGAGUCACAUAAGGAAACCACCUUGGACCUCUCUGACACUUUUGUCCUUAAGCCACCUCUCUGAAUUUAUCUCGUGAGGGGUGAAGAAAGAGGUGAGGGAUGAAGAAAGAGGACUGGAGAUGAAUUGAGAAUAUGUUCAAAGACUCAUUUUAGGCCUUGAAGAAAGAGAGGCUGAGUUUUCUCCUCCAGUUGGUGGAGGACAGUCCAGAGAUGAGCAGGAAUCUUAAAUUUCUUCCCAAUCCAGCCAUCACAUGUGGCCUGCCCCUUGCCCCAGCAUCUUUCCAGAACCCUCAGGCAUCUUCCCAGGAUAUGCCUGCCCGCCAGCAGCCCCUCAGGAAUGCUUCUAUAAUAGAUCCAGUAAUGAAAACAGCACCAUAUCCUAAUCUAAUGUCAGCUUCGGGAAUGAAGACUGUGGUCAGGAUCACAUCAAGUCACAGAAGCCAUAUUCAUGCAGGUGCUAACCGCCUCUUCUACUGGUGCAACUGAAAGGAAUAUGGUAACACGGUUGGAUUUUUACAAUUCAAAAUGAAGGAAUGAAACAAGCAAAAUAGAAAAGCUGAGAAGGAACAUGCAUGACUAAAAAGGCUUGAAGUUGCUUGUGAGCAAGAAGCUCUUUAUGCUGCUUUCGUAGUUUCUCUUCGUUUUCACUUAACUCUGAAGACAACCAAAAGAACUGAUCAAUUAAAAACUAAUUCCACUCACAGCCAGCCUAUGCUCCUUCUAGUGUUAUCAUGCACAGGAAAAGUGCCAGUUUUAGCCAUGCCAUAGAAAUCAACUCUGAGUUCUCUGGGGCCAGCAGACGUCUAAGUCCUUGUAGGCUUGAUGGUGAGAGCAGCAGGAGGUUUUCAGUGGAAUCACUGCUGUGCACUUUGGUCUCUAAAUAGGAUGCUCAUGAGAAAUCAGUGAAGGUAAGCAGGGCUGCCACUGUGGCCACGUAACCCUGCCAGGAACCAGUGCUGAAGAAUAAUGAGUGAGAACGCUUAAUUUGAGAGUUAGACCAAGGCAGCCCACUUUGGAUUUCAUCCUAGUGAACAGACUAGAACUUUGCAGUAAAAUACCUAUUUCUACAAAGCAAGGUUUGCCUGCCUCGGUUGGGGAAACCUAGUGGUUUUGUCACACUAGUCAAUGUAUUAUGUUGGUGUUUUAAGACACCAUGGCAGAACCUUUGUUAUUCUCACUUGUUCUGAACCCUGCGUCAUAUAUCUGGGAUACCCCCUCCCAGGUCCACCAAUGUACCACACUGCUGACACAGCCUUCAUUUUUAACUCAAAUUGAUGCUCAGUAAAGGUCAAUGACAGUUUGUUCAAGGAAGUUCA